ACGUUUUUUAUUUAUUUUAAAUUUUUCGGUACUUUUGGCGAGGACCCCGGGGCGGAGCCGCCCUCGCCGAGCCAGCGGCGGGCGGGAGGGGCCGGUGCUCGCACGGCCGCCGCUCCCCGGGGAUGGGCUCCGGCGGGGCGCCCGCCGCCUAGGCCGGCCCGGCCCGGCCCGGCCCGGCCCGCCGGGGGCAGCGGGGCCGCGCAGCAUGGCCGCGGAGCUCAGCGCCGAGGAGGAGCAGGCGACCAAGCAGUUCCUGGAAGAGAUCAAUAAGUGGACGGGCCAGUACAAUGUGUCCCCGCUCUCCUGGAACGUGGCCGUCAAGUUCCUCAUGGCCCGCAAGUUUGACGUCCUGCGGGCCAUCGAGCUCUUUCACUCCUACCGGGAGACGCGGCUGAAGGAGGGCAUCGUGAAGCUGAAGCCGCACGAGGAGCCGCUGCGCUCGGAGCUGCUUAGUGGCAAGUUCACCAUUCUGAGCGUGCGGGACCCCUCGGGAGCCUCCAUCGCCCUUUUCACAGCCAAGCUGCAUCACCCCAGCAAGAGCGUGCAGCACGUGGUGCUCCAGGCGCUCUUCUACCUGCUAGACCGAGCAGUGGAGAGCUUUGAAACCCAGAGGAACGGGCUGGUGUUCAUCUACGACAUGGCAGGCUCACAGUACACCAACUUCGAGCUGGACCUCAGCAAGAAGAUCCUCAACCUGCUGAAGGGUGCCUUCCCAGCUCGGCUGAAGAAGGUUUUCAUCGUGGGAGCACCCAUGUGGUUUCGUGUGCCCUACUCCAUUAUCAGCCUGCUGCUGAAGGAGAAGCUGCGAGAGCGGGUGCAGAUGGUGAAGAUGUCAGAACUGAAGGAGCACCUGCCCCAGGAAUGCCUCCCUGAGUACCUGGGGGGAUCCCUCAAGCUGGACCCUCUGAGCUGGAACUGCCGGUUCCUGCCCCAGCAGAACGGGCACCCCGAUCCCCUGGAUGAGCUCAUCCUGGUGCCACUCGCGGCCCCCAAAGAUAACGGCUCCGUCCACGUCCCCGGGCCCAAGUCCGUCACCCUCCAGGAGCUGCUGGAUCACGUCAGCCGCAAGCAGAAGCGGGGCAUCUAUGAAGAGUAUGAAGAUAUUCGGCGCAGGAGCCCAGCCGGCACUUUCGUCUGCUCUUUGGCACCCUACAACCAGGAGAAGAACCGGUACGGGGACGUGCCCUGCCUGGACCAAACCCGCGUCAAGCUGGCGAAGCCAUACAGCCGCCCAGAGCUGACUGACUACAUCAACGCGAGCUUCAUGGAUGGCUACAAGCAGAGGAACGCUUACAUUGGGACUCAGGGGCCUCUGGAAAACACCUACGGUGACUUUUGGCGCAUGGUGUGGGAGCAAAACGUCCUGGUGAUUGUGAUGACGACCCGGCUGGAAGAGGGAGGCAGGAGAAAGUGCGGCCAGUACUGGCCUCUGGAGAAGGAUUUCCAGGUGUGCUUCGGGGCCCUGACCAUCACCAACCUGGGUGUGGAGAACCUCAACCAUUACAAGAAAACCAUCCUGGAGAUCCACAGCUCGGAGACCAGGGAGCGGCGGCUGGUGUCCCACUUCCAGUACCUGAGCUGGCCGGAUUACGGCGUCCCCUCCUCUGCAGCCACUCUCAUUGACUUUUUGGGGGCUGUGAAGCAGCAGCAGAGGGUGGCAGUCAGCGCCCUGGGACCUCGCUUCAAGGGUCACCCCGGGGGGCCCCCAAUCGUGGUGCAUUGCAGUGCUGGCAUUGGCAGGACAGGUACCUUCUGCGCGCUGGACAUCUGCUUGUCCCAGCUGCAGGACGUGGGGACGCUGAACAUCUACCAGACGGUGCUGCGCAUGCGGACGCAACGCGCCUUCAGCAUCCAGACCCCCGAGCAGUAUUACUUCUGUUACACUGCCGUCCUCGAGCACGCCCAGCGUGAGGGUCUGCUCCUUGCCAACCACAGCCACACCGGCCAGGAGAAAAGCCCACUGGGACACUGAGACCCACCAUCUCCCUAUGGAACCACCCCACCACCACCACCCUAGCCUUUUCCAUCCUCCUGGGGCUGCUGGAGCCUGCAGGGACUCAGUGGAGCGACGGUGCCAGAACGCGGAGGCGACCAUCUCUCCUCGACUAUCAGCACUGCUAACAAACUGUGCCUUAUCCAAACCUACCAGUGGCCGCCGCUCGCCGGGGGGUGGAGGACGGCGCGGGAAGAGUCUUUGGUUGGCUGGGGAAGUGUUUUUUCUUCUCUAAGAGUUUGUUUUGUUUUGUUUGUUUGUUUGUUUGUUUUUUAUUUUUUGUUGGGACCACCUAAAAUGUAUCUAGAGAAAGGGCUUUGCAAAGCCUUAGAAAAUGUAUUUCCAGUUCUGCCCUGGGGCUUAGGAAGAGGUGUCUACUUCAGUCUUACCUGCCACUAAGUCUGUGUGUCUGUAUGUAUGUGUGUAUAUAUCCUCGCUCUCCCCAACCCCGCCUAUUAUAUAGAUACGUAUAUACAAGCCCUCCCUUUUAGCAGCUCCUGGGGGUCCGUGCUCUCCUGUUGUCUCACCGCUGUGAUCCCUGGAGUGGUGAGUUUGGUCCUGGCUCUGUCUUGUCUUUUCCCCCCCCUCACCUUUUUCCCUUUCCUGCUCCUCAUGGGCAGUGUUGGGACCUGGUACCCAUCCUGUGGGAGGCACGGGGAUGUCUCAUCUUCCCCAUCCUCCUCUCCUGCUGGGAGGGGGCAGCUGUGCUGCCACAGGAGGAGCUGGAGAAUUUUGGUUUGAGUCGAGGAGCUCACCAAUGUCCCCUGCCCCUCGUGGUGCAGCCACAGGAGUCACUAGGUACGAGACGAUGGGGACAGAUGGGGACUGACCGGCUCUCUGGGUUGCCCAGUUUUCCCAAGCUGGCAGUGGGAACCUGCCAGCCCAGCCCUGUGGUGAGUCACGGGCUGGAAAAGUGCUGAGCAAAACAAUAAAAAAAAAAAAAAAAAAAGCCAAAACCCUGGGGAGGCAGUGAGCCGACCUCUGGGGCAGCAGUGCCUGCUGGGGACAGUGGCCCUGUCCCCUUGCCCCUCUGUGCUGCCUGGGGAGUGGGGACUGUCAGCGCCUGGGCCUCAGUAACUUUAUACUGUAAUAAGCUCUUUGAAUGUGUAUAUUCUUAUUUUUUUAUAAUCUUGAGGGGGGCUGGGUAUUUUUGUUUAGUUGGUGGUUUUGUUUUUUCUUUUUUUUGGUAUUUAUCAUUAACUUGAUCUAAGUCAGAGCCAGAAGUAUUUGUAAAUGUUCCUAUUUUGCUCUCAUUCAGAGAAACAUUUCCGUUGUUGUUAACUUUUUGGGGUUUGUUUUGUUCUUAUUUGUAACGAUAUAUAAAUAUGCUACUUCCAGUGACCAGUCCCUCCUAGCUCUUGUGGUGGAGUUGGUCAGGUCAGGAUAGGAGAGGGAGGGAGUUUAGGGCUUUGUCUAUCCUUGGGGACACAGGGACCUGCUGCAGCCCCCCCCCCCCCCAGCACUUUGCGGGUAGGACAUGCACAUAAGAGCCGUCCUAGAGCUGAGUGACUGUCUAGGUGACCCCAGAGCCAUCGGCUCCUGGGUGAGGCCCUGCGAGAGAUAACGGGGCUGCAGGCAGCUUUCCUGGGUGGGCAGGAUAAUGGCAGGAGGGAGGGCAGCGAGAUGUGCAGCCCUGUCAGCUUGGGGCAGUGGGACACAAGCCACCCCCUUUCUGAGCUCCUGCCUCUUUUCCCAGGGCCUGGCUGAGCCCCAGAGCAUCAAUCUCCUGUCCUGCUCCCAGUGACGGGCUCUUCAGAGCCUGCUCUUUUUUUGCAUAGUCCCUUUUUCCAGCUGUCCCCUUCCUCCUAUCUGUUUUUUAUUAAUAAUUAUUUAGAAAGUGCCUGGGCUUCUAUUGUCCACCAAGGCCAGGAAACCAAACCGCUGCCUGCAAGGAGCCUCCCAAGUCCCAGCUGGGGGGACAGUGCUGUGUCCUGGAUGGGGGAUCUGCCUCACGGUGGUCUCAGGGCGGUUGGGAGGGUUCGUCUCCAAGGCAAAUGCUGCCAACAGCAAAAGGAUGGGGCGGCUGCUAACUUGAAGAAGACACUCUUGGUCCUAUUGCUGCUACAUGUAAUGCUCAAGGGAUGGUAGCAGAGAUUAAAGGAAUGGAAUUGUUGGGCAGUUCUGGCGGUAUUUCCUUGGCACCUACAGCUGUGGUUGGGGGAGCAUCCGCUGUCUUCCCAUGUUUGGGAGCAUUCUGCAAUAAAUGCUAUAAAACAA